CCCUGGCCAGGAGAAACACGAUGGCUUCAGUUUGAUCCCGACAGCUUUCGGGAUCAUGAUCCAGAUUUCGGUCCAGACCUCUUUCAGUCCAAUCACACAGAAGACAUUUGAGUGUAGCAGAACCCAAGGCAGAUUAACAUGGACUCUCCGCUGAAGGUUCAGAAUGGGAGGGUAGCUGUGGCACCGACAGCAGCCCCCGAUGGUGGCUACGCCUGGUUCAUCUCACUCUCCUGCUUCUUAGUCUUUGGUCUGACCUUUGGGGUCGUUAAGGCCUUUGGUGUAUUCUAUGUUGAGGUACACCAAUACUUUGAAAGUACAGCAACAGAAACAUCAUGGAUCACCUCUAUUGCUAUAGCUACCAUUCACAUAGUAGCUCCUGUAGCGUCUGCUCUGAGUGCUCGCUACAGCCAUCGUUCUGUAGUGAUAAUGGGUGGACUGAUUUGCAGCUUAGGAGUCGUGAUUGGGGCUUUUGCCCGUAACCUGAUUGAACUCUACCUAACAGUGGGGUUCCUAAAUGGUUUUGGGUAUGGGUUAACCUGGACCCCGACAGUGACCUUGCUGGGUUUGUACUUUGAGAAGAGGCGACCGGUGGCUAACGCCUUGGCCAGCACUGGAGAGUGCAUCAUUACCUUUGUCCUCACACCCCUGUUUCAGCUGUUGAUUGACAGUUACUCCUGGAGGGCUGCUUUGCUGAUCCUGGGUGGUCUGCAGCUUAACCUGUGUGUGUGCGGAAUGUUGCUGAGGCCCCUAAAAGCCACCAGGGAUGUGACUUAUGUCAGUGAGGUCAAAGCAGUAGAGCAAGGCUUUUCGCUGGAAAUGCUCACAAAAGAGGACUCAGAGCAGUGCACGCCAAACUGGCAAGAGACAGAGGAGCUGAGAAUAUCUGAGGGGUCUGAUCAGGGGACAGCCAAUGUAUGUCUUGAAUACCCUGAGGAGAUACCAACUUCGACUAAAGACUCAAAGAGGGCUGAAUUAAAGACCAAACUACUGAGCUACAUAGAUUAUACCCUCAUCACUAAUGCUCGAUUCAUGGUCUACUCAAUGUUUGGGGUGUUUGCUGCUCUGGGUUUCUUUGCUCCAGCUUUGUUCCUGGUUCCUUAUGCUCACAGUAAGGGAAUUGAGGAGUACCAGGCGGCUGCGCUCAUGUCCAUCUCUGCUCUGUUGGACCUGUUUGGAAGGCUGUUCUUUGGCUGGGUGGCAAACCUGAGACUGGUGGAGACGGUGCAACAGCUGACAGCUACAGUGAUUCUGCUGGGUACUGUGUUACUCCUCUGCCCACUGGCCUCCUCAUUCUCAGAGCUGGCUGUGUUCAGCGGAGCUUAUGGCCUGAUGUAUGGUGCCACUGUCUCCAUCCACAUCACUGUGCUGGCUGAGGUUGUGGGCGUCCACAGGUUCGGAAGUUCACUGGGGUUUUUCAUGCUGAUACGCAGCAGCGGAGGCCUGCUUGGACCGCCCAUUGCUGGGUUCUUCAUUGAUAGGAUGAGUGAUUACGGGACAGGUUUCAUCAUGGCAGGAGUGGCUCUCAUUGUCUCUGCCCUGUUCCUGCUCCUCCUUCAUCAGUUGAACCGCAGGGGUCAGGGGUCAACCACCACGAAUCACGACAUGCACACAGACAAGAUGGGGCACAGCCUCAGAGCUGAAGGCGAAGAGCCAGGCAUGACAUGAAAUAUGGAGAAAAGUUUCUGUUACUGAUGGACGUCGAGUUGAAUCUCAAAAUCACAGUCAAAAAAUUGAAAAUUUAAAGUAAAGACUGAGGGAGGUUUUUUUUUGGAUGGAGAAAGGCAGGGGCAGUGGAGUUCAGAGGCCUAAAAGAAUGUCGUGAAGAAUCAUCUGCAGGAUCAACUGGGCCUUCAGAGUCAACGGAUGUCUGUCUGUAGGGUAUUAUGUGGAUGGUUUGGAGUCAGCAUCUCUGUCUGUCAUACAGACCACAGACAGUGUAAGCUGGCAGGAAAUGAGGAAAUUAAUAAAUCUCCUAGCCAGAUCUGCCCUGUUUAUUAUCAAUGGUCAAAUACUGAAGAGGAAAGAAACACAAAAAUUAUUAGGGUGGGAGGGGUGCUCAGAGUGGGUGAGGGUUUUUUUUUCUUCUGAAUGUUACCAAUAUGAUAAGUUCUGCAGGUGCAUUUUCAGUCCAUGGGCGAUUUAAAAACACUUCAUUGUUGACCAAACUGCAACCAAGACAUUUAGAGCUUUUUUUUAUAGAUUUCGCACAUGAAACCAAAUUACCUUAUACAUAAAACAUGAGCUAACUGGUAGUGUAGUAGUCAGUAAGUCUUGUUUCAAAGUUGUUUCAUAGUGGCUUGAAUAUUUGCUUGAUGUGGCACGUCAUUUGUUUGUUCAUUUCGAAUUUACGUAUUUGGUUAAUUUAUGGAAAUUAAUGUUAAUUCUUAAGACAUUAAAUGUUUAAAUCAGGGUACUCAAAUACUUUAUGCUUUUCCUCCUCUAGUUAUUUAUUAUUAAAGGAGUUUAACCAAGAGUUUUACCUGUGGUAUAAUUUUAAGAUAUUGGUAGGAAGGUUUUGCAGUUUUUUAUUUCUAAGUCAAGUGGAAAAAUAUUAAUAAUGUGGUGAAAAUCUUGCUUUUUUUCAAAACAUAAGAUUCAGCCUUUCCUCCCUACCCCAAAAAUUUUCGUACAGUUCCUAAAGUGUUCAUAUUGAACACUGACCUCUGGAAUACAUUACACAGUACGGCACUGUCACUUUCCUACAAUGAAAAUUGCAGAUACUGUGUUUAAUGUCACACAGGUGCAAAAUGUGUAAGAAAUUUGACAAUCAGAGAGCCUCGUGAAUUUUUUUAGAUUUCUAUCAAAAUCACAAAAAUUCAGAAGCGUGUUUUACAUAU